ACGUGUUGACAGUGACUGGAAAAUGUACCACUUAACUGCAAGUGCCUGAGAGGAAUAGUGACAACUUCAUAAGCGCAUAGUUUCAGAACAAAUAACGUGAAAGACGAAUAGUGCUGAGGAUGUGAACUCGGAAACAUGAAAGAAAUAUUGAUAUUAGUCAACCGGAUCACAUCCACACACGCCAUAUUCUUGAGCUGACGUCCAUUAAGUAGUAUACAGCCGUAUAUGGGAAUGGAAAAUAUGAAAGACGACUAUGAAUAAAGCAUAUUGUUGUGUUACAGUUUCUCUGCCUUUAUUAACCAUAUCCAUUUAUUAAGAAGGUCUCUACACGAAAACAAAUAGCAAAAUAAAUUUAUUUUAUCUUUGUUCUGACAUUUCUUUCGAACAUAAUGGAUUUAAUUACUAUUUUCUGCGUAGUCUGUUUCAUACUGUGAAUAUUAAAGGAUGUGUUGUAGCAGAAGGCUAAGUCUCGGUUUGUUUUGAGUGCUUUACGUUGAGAAUUGUUAAAAAUACAUUUUAUGUGCUGCGUGUUGUCGAAUUUGUCCACCAAUGAUACUUUCGGGGAAUUCUCUGUUUGUUGGUAGUCAAAGUGUUGUGAACCAAUCAGUUUGAAGCAAGACCAAUUCGAAGGGGUAAAAUAUUCCCUCCCACCUCACGUGACUAAGUGCUUAAGUGGCAGGUGCUUAAAAAGCCUUCAUAUGUUAAUGUGAUACAGUGAACCAUUCGUGGGAAUUUCGUGUUAGAAUAAUGUUGUUUCAGAUAAUUGACUAGAUAUAUCCGGAGCGAUCCGCCCGUACUUUAGGACUUGAUACCGUGUGGUGUACUGUGAAGCCUCAAGGCAAACAGCCGAUAUACUUGCAACAGUAUCUGCCCCGCUCGUCAGUCGGAAACCGGCCUUUGUACAGGAACCAUGACAAGUGUAGAGGAGGAUGACGUAUACGAGUUCCCGUAUGUCCGACCGGAGAAGAGAGGAUUGAUUGAGAGUUGGAAGAGGGAAUUAUGGAACCCAGAGACGCGCCAGAUUUUGGGAAGGACUGGAAAAAGUUGGGGCGGAGUCUUCAUUUUCUAUGUCAUAUUCUUCUCUGCGCUGGCUGCCAUGUUUGCUAUCUGUAUGAAAGGCAUGCUUUGGUUCAUGGAUGACAAACGACCCAGAUACCUAUUGGAUGAUAGUAUUAUUGGCUCAAACCCAGGUCUUGGCUUUCGGCCUAUCUCUGACGAAGUGUCUGCUGGAGCCCUAAUUUGGUACCAGGCAUCUAAUGAAAGUAACUACAGACGCUGGACUGAUCAGCUGGACAAGUUCCUAGAGCCAUACCAUGUGGCACAGAAACUUCCUGGAGGAGGAAAGAAUCAGCAAGUAUGUGAUUUUGAUCAGCCUCCUCAGGAUGGUAAGGUGUGUGAAGUCAACGUGAAAAAUUUUCAACCCUGCACCAUGGAGAUGGGGUAUGGUUUCAACAGAUCAUCUCCCUGUAUCUUCAUCAAACUCAAUAAGAUCUAUGGUUGGGUGCCUGAGUUUUAUGAACGCAACAAGCUGCCUGAAGAUAUACCUGAGGACCUGAAAAUCCACAUACUUAAAACAAAUCCUAAAGAACUGAACCAAGUAUGGGUGAGCUGUAAGGGAGAUAGCCCUUCUGAUAGCGAGAAUAUGGGACCUAUCAGUUAUAUUCCAGGCCGAGGAUUUCCUGGAUACUAUUAUCCUUACACAAAUAUAGAUGGAUAUCUCAGUCCUCUUAUUGCAAUACAUCUAGCCAGGCCAAAAUUAAAUACUGUGAUUAACAUAGAAUGCAGAGCGUGGGCCAAAAACAUAAAAUAUUUCCACCAACAAGGCCACAGACAAGGUUCUGUUCUUUUUGAAGUAAUGAUUGACUAGUCAGCAUGGUGAAUACAUUACAGAUUUGAAAAACAUCACAUAUUUGGCACUCAGGAUGAUGGAGUGAAAUGCUUAUCUGGACAUGCAUAGAGUCCAUCAAACAGGCAAAUUUAGCAGUCCAAUACUACUCUUAAAAGAGAGGCACUGGAAAAGAAAUUUGGAACAUGUACAGGAAUGUCAGAAGUGGUGGUUGAGGGAUGUAGUGAGUUUCAUAUUGUGGCAUAUUUGAAUAAGGCAAGAACUGUGAGGCAAGCAGAGACAGCGUUGCUAGGGAGAGGCUCUGCAAACAUGCCUGUUGCUAGACAACAGAUUCUUAACAUGCAUCAAUGUAGUAACUGGGAAGUGGUGUUUUUUACGCAGUCCAUGUGACAGCUACAUAAUGCAACAAUAGAAGCGGUGAGAGACAUGUUUUCUAUGCAACCUGUGCUGAGGCUACAUAAGGAGUCGAUUGUUAUCACUGAGUGAGCAGUGGCAUGUGUGAAGGCAGAUUCAAAUACCUUCACCAUAGCCCAGCGAGUCAUAAUGGGUGAAGAAAAGGGAACCCAGUUACUAAGGGUAUAACUGGGCCACUCUGUUCCUAGGGAAUAUAGUAUAUACAAGGACCUGGCCCUGCAGGUUGGGGGAGUCUGGAAUCUGAUAUGGUUAAGAUUUGGUCAUGAGCCCCACAAGAUUCGGACUUGAGAAUUACUGUGCUUGUGAAGGCCAGAAACAAUUGUGGACAACAGACUCAUCCUCUUGUCAAAGAGGACGCUCCAUAUCAACACACCUAUAACUGAUUUGCAGUAAUAAAAUUCUGAUCUUUGGCCCCAGAUGGAUGCUGGAUACCAAGACAGAAUGGCCGACUAACUGUCGGUCAUAACAUAACUUUGUCUUUCACUCUGAUGUGACAAUAUGUAAUAGUCUAGUACUAGAUGUAUGAGUUUGACCUUCACUCCAUCCUCAAGACAUAAAAAUAUCAAUAUUUCUGAAUUUCCACAUAGUAUAACAUGAAUGGAAAUUUGAUUGAGUCUUCUAUAUUAAAACAGUCCUGAAAAUAUUAAAGCAUUUCCUUAAAUAUUUCAUAACACUAUUAAGGCUAAGUAUAGUAUAAUUAAUGUGGAUUAAUUUGCAGUUCUGUUCCAAAUAUUAACGUAAGGGUAAUCGUAUUUGUCAAAAUUAUAACAAUUUAAAAAUGACCAUUGAGAGAGGUAGUGUUAAUUAUUGUCAUAACCUAUACCAUGAUGUCUUGGACCAUCUGAACUGUUUGAUCUCCAGAUUUGAGGUCAAGUCUUCCGGCAUUGUUGUGUCUUCCUACCUUUCUUCUCCCUGUCAGUAGAUACAUGUUUUUAAUGUGUUAUUUACUGUUGCUGUCAGUAUCAUGACUAUAUAUAUAGAUCGUUCAUAAAUAUGGAGCAAUUGGUGGAAUAAGAAAUUGACAAGUGAAAUUGAAAUAUUCAGAGAAAACCUGCCCCAGUGCUACUUUGUCCACCACAGACUUCAUAAGACCUGACCUGGGAUCGAACACAGACUAUCACAGCGGGAUUCCAGUGUCUAACUGCCUGAAAUGUGGCACAGCCAACCUAUCAGUUUAUACAACUCUUUAUUGACUGUCACGACACAACAAACAGAAAAAAUCAAGCUAUGUUUCGCUACAUGUUUCAGACAC